CUAGGAGGCACAAACAAUAAUCCGCUACAUGGGUACGACCAAUGUGCUCCCAUUCCACCCAGCUAUCUUGCCCUUUCUCAAAAGGGCACGGUUGGACCCGAUUAGGCAUUUUAACGGCAUCAAAGUUGAUCGCCAACUCAUCACCACAUUAGUUGAGAGAUGGAGAAAGGAGACCCAUUGUUUCAACUUUAGAGAAGGAGAGGCCACCAUCACGCUAAAGGAUGUCGCCAUCCUAACCCAUCUGCCCAUCGACGACAAACCGGUGUGCGUGAGUGAUCAUCCCCCCGAGGAUUGUGACGGUAUGCCCGGUUGGGUUCAUUUAAUCCACAGUGUUUUGGGAGUGAAUGUACCAGUGAAGGGGUGCGUUGAUGCGACCGAUCGCAUGCCACCAAUGAGGAAACACCAAGUCUCAAUUACUUGGUUGACGAAGUAUUUUAGAGACCAUUACGAGAGUCAUCCCCUAACCGAGGAAAGUCCGGAGGAUGAGAAGGAGAGAUAUGCUCGGGUCUAUCUCAUAGGCAUGAUCGAAGGAGUGUUCUUCUCCAAAAAAUCAAGCAAUCUCCUUAGUUGUAGAUGGCUUAGGAUCAUCCUCGGUAGUUGGGAGGAGAUGGGGGAGAAUAGCUGGGCAUCCGCUUGCCUAGCUAAUAUCUACCACAACUUGUGCAAUGCGUCUCUAAAAGCUGUGAGGGAGUUCAGCGGCGCAAUGUUCAUCGUCCAAUUUUGGGCUUGGGAGCAUAUGCCAUGGAUUGCACCGGUACAACGUCCCAACAGGGAUUGGCCAAUCGAUCAUCCCCUAAGAGGGGAAGCUUAUGGUACAAGGUAAACUUCUCAUACCCCAUCAUGUUUUUUCAUAACACAUUUUCCCUUGUGUUUUAGCUUAUUGUAGUUUCAUUAUUGUCUUAUUAAUAAGGUGUGAAGAUAAGUGGUUUUCUGGGAGGCCUUUUAUAGGCAAAAUCACUGAUGAAAACCGCACCUUAGAGGUGCGGUUUUCGUCUGCCAUACAGGCCCAUGCAGACCCACGUCUGUUACGUCUGUUAUUCUGCAUGGCUUGUCGGAAAUUGAUUGACCAAAACCGCACCUCCAAGGUGCGGUUUGUAUGGCAAAAUCGCACCUUGGGGGUGCGGUUUUGUUUGGGAGAAACAAACCGCACCUUCAUGAUGCGAUUUUGAUAGGUUAGGCCAAAACCGCACCUCGGCCAAACGGUUUCUGUAGGUCAGACCUAAUACCGCUUGUUGAAGAUGCGGUUUUGGUCCAGGAAUAUGGAACGCACCUUAGAGGUGCGGUUUAUGUGUAAAACGCACCCUUAGGGUGCGGUUUAAAUAUAAAACGCACCUCUAAGGUGCGGUCUAUUAAAAAGGGUGCUAUUUGUGUAAAUUUUUUCGGAUGGGUGCUAUUUUUGUAAUUUUUUUUAAAAGGUGCUAUUUCUGGAAAAAUCCCCACGUUGUAGCGUAGUGACAAAUUUACUGGGCAUACGAGGAAUGUUCAAAUCGUAUUCACCCAGAGUUUCUAAUGAUCGACUAUUCAAAGUAUUUGGAUAUGGCAAAAAGAUUACUAUGAACCACGACAUAACACAACUAAAAAUAAAAAAAAUGCAGAAAGUAACAGGAUGGGCGAGAAGAGAUUGUUCAGAUCAUGUUGCCCCUAGGUUUGAUGGACUGAUAUGUUAUAUGUCACGGCGUUUACCCGAUCUGAUAGGCAACAUGGACACUGGAGAUCUCUCCUUUGAGGUUUCACACGAUUUAAUCGAUUAAGAAUCGAUCAUAAGCGUUGGCCUUAUCCGGUCUCACCCAUCUCAAAAUCAUGUUUCGAAAGCUGCACCACAAAGGGAUGCAAUUUUAGUCUACUACACUAUUAAUCAACAAGAACCGAUGUU